CACGACCGCCUCCAGAGUCAUUUCAAUCUUUUUCAAGUAACACCUUCAUUCACCCAAGUAACUCAUUUUAAGAUCAAACUUGUGUCCUUCCUUCCCAGACAACUUUCGUCUGGUAUCUAUUUCAUUGGAAACAAUACCCUUAAACAUUCCUUCACGCGAACUCGAGUGACUCAUCCUCAUUACUUUCUUUCUAAAGACUUUUCUACCUUAUUAUCUUUCGAAAAUGAUUGCAAGUUAUACGACUUGGUACCUCUGUUUUUCACUUUACUCAUUCGGCACUCUCUUACAAAUAACCUCUGGGCAGCCUGUUGAUCAAGCCUUGAUUGACCAAAGCAAGCGAGAAAAUUCACCGGUCACCAAAUUCCUGAAUCACAAAAAACGCUCUUUGGACGACAGUUUUCCCACCCAACUUUUUGGAGAAUGGCGAGGGGGUCUUGUCGAUGCGGCGAGGUUAGCCAGCGAGUCGUCGAGCGUGAAAGAUGGAGAGUCUCUUGAAUACGCGUUUAUUGACCAAGCCAAACGAGACAGUAUAUCGGUCACCAAAUUCAUGGAUUCCGAAAGACGUUCACUGAGCGAUAAUUCUCCUGGUCAACAUCUGAAUCUAGAUGAGAAGGCGAAUGUAGAGGACAAUUCUUUGAGUGCGGGGGAAGAGAAGCCUCUGGAGUACGCCUUCAUUGACCAAAGCCAACGAGAAAGUGCAUCAAUCACCAAGUUCCCCGACCAGGAAAGACGCUCUUUCAGCUCCAUCUUUCCAACUGAACAACUCGUACUGUGGCGAAGAAAUCUUGGCGACACCGCCAAGUUAGGCGGAGUAACUAUGAGUGCGAGGGACGGCGAGAAAAGGAUGAGACAAGAAUACAAAAUCAAAAAGGCACAGAAGCAAUGGAGCGAAAGAAAACAUGGCUGUAGCACUCUGGACGAGACUUGCAUCGAGAUCACAAACGAAGGUACUAUCACUUAUACGAAAUGAUGGAUCUCACAAAACCUGGAACCAUUCAAUAGACAAUCAAAAUACGAGUGGCUUGUAAUUCAUGUAUAGUGACCUUUGUAGACAAAAUCAUUUAGCUAAAACAGUUUUGUAGAGCGUUCAGACUUGAUCUACACUAUCAAGGGCUUCAGAAUCAGGAUGCAGCAUCCAUGAUCUCGAAUCUUUUAUUAAAUCAUGAAAUAUAUAUACAUAUAGUUA